CGCAAACCCUAACUCCACACUCUCCGUCCCUCUCUCGAUCCCUCUCCGUCGUCGCUCGGAUCAAACCACCGGAUAGACUCUCUCUCUCUCCCUCACGGCAUGGCUACCGCCGUAAGAGGAGGAAGCGACGUAGAAGUCGGAUUCGCGAAGCUCCAAGGCGAGGAUUUCGAGUACUACAUGCAAUCAUACUCCAUCAUGCUCGGCCGCAACUCCAAGAAAUCCACCGUCGACGUCGACCUAUCCUCCCUCGGCGGCGGGAUGAACAUCUCCCGCAACCACGCCCGGAUCUUCUACGACUUCACGCGACGCCGUUUCUCCCUCGAGGUCCUCGGGAAGAACGGGUGCUUCGUCGAAGGCGUUUUGCAUCUCCCCGGGAACCCUAACGUGAAGUUAGACUCGCAGGAUCUGUUGCAGAUUGGGGAUAAGGAGUUUUAUUUUCUGUUGCCUGUUCGGAGUAUUUUGGGAGGGCCGUUGGGUGCUAGGCAUGGGGGUGGGGUUGUUCCUUAUCAGAAUUAUCAUUCGGGUUCCGGGUCGGGGAAGAAGAGUGGGAGGAGUAGAGAGUUUUAUGAAGAGGAUGAUGAGGAGGAGGAGGAGGAUGAGGAUGAGGAGGUUGUUAGGGGGAGUGGGAAGAAGAUAAGGAGAGAUGGACAUGAUGAAUAUGGUUCCUCUGAGAAGAAGAGAGAGGGGAGAGUGAAGAUAGAUCGUGAAGCUGAUGAUCAACAAGUUUUGCUUCUGGAGGAGAAGGAUGUUGUGUCAUCUGUUGCUACUGUGCUUUCUGAUUUGUGUGGUCCUGGAGAUUGGAUGCCUAUGGAGAAACUUCACUCAGUGAUAUUAAAGAAGUAUGGAAACAUAUGGCAUCACAGUCGAGUAAGAAGGUACCUGGCACAAGAAGACUGGGCAAUCCCUGAAGCAAUUGGUAAACCAUGGUACGGUUUGCUGAUGCUGCUAAGAAAAUACCCUGAGCAUUUCGUAAUCAACACUAGAACAAAGGGAAGAGUUACGCUAGAAUUUGUAUCCCUCGUGUCCCUAAUUUCAUGAAAACUGUAAUCACCAACAUGAUUGUACUUGUUCUGCUAGUGCAGACAUUCUCGUUUAUAAUUUCUUUUGAUGUGUCCCACGAACUGAGUGUAUAAACGGGGUUGCUUAAGCGUUUUUUUCUAUCUUAUCUUUGUUUACGUUAUCUUUGACAUUGAUGAGUUCAAACGCCUUGAGAUUUUUAAUUAAUGAAUGCCUAUUAGAAGAGUCGUUUAAAAAAAGGAGAGAA